AUGACACGUCCACAGACAUCAGUUACAAACACUAAAGAUCUUAGUCUUAUGCCAAUUAUAACAAACAUGGCUAAUAGCAUCCUUGAAAAUAUAGUGCUUUUCUUUUUAGCCUUGUUCGUAUCGUUAUGUGGUGGCGGUUCAAGCAAUAGUAAUGUUGCAUCAGCAGCCCACCUCAUCUUCAUACCACAACAACGCAAAUCUCUUUAUCGUAUGCUUAAGAAAACUUCAGAUCAAGACCAAUCACAGAUCAAUGUAAAAAAUUGUAAAAAAACACACAAAUCUAAGAAAUCACAUUCUCAUUCUACUCAUUCGUGCUCUAAUAAUGCGUGUAGUCAUCAUCGUUCAACAUCUGCUCAUUCUACAACCAAUUAUUAG